CUACACUAUAAUUCUCUGGGAACAUCCCAGGAUUGUAUUUUUAAAUUAUUAUUUUAAUAUCUUAGAAAUUAGUAUAUUUCAUCAGUUAAAGCAAUGUGUUUAAAAAAAAAAAACUUUCAUGACGUAUUAUGUACAUUUGUAUGUAAAAUUAAAAAAAAUAAUAUUCAGCAUAUUUAAAAUAUUUGUGUGUGUGUGUGUGUGUGAGAGAGAGAGAGAGAGAGAGAGAGAGAGAGAGAGAGAGAUUCAGUAGAAAGUGUGUGAGAGAACCCAUAGAGAAAACGCAGACACACAUCAGCCCAAACAAUGAGAGGGUCCGCAAUUAAUGGCAGGGAUCAGCUGGUCUAAUGUCAUUAUACAUUCCCUUCAUUUUCUACAGUGGGGCCGUUUGAUCUUUGAAUACCCACCAGACCCUCCUCCCUCCUUCCAUCUCUCUCUCGCUCACUCCUGCUCACUGUUCUUCUCUGCCUUCCUCCUCCCUCCUCCCUUUCUCCUCUUGCCAUCAGAACCUCCCCCUUUCUGUCUCCGUGGGCUCACAUUGGCUUGUGUGUGUGUGUGUGUGUGUGUGUGUGUGUGCGCGUGUGUGAGUGAGUGUGUGUGAGUGAGUGUGUGUGUGUGUGUGUGUGUGUGUGAAAGUGCACGACAGAGGCUUGAUGACAGAGGGCCCUGGACCAUUCCAACGCUCAGCACACCUCCCCAGCACACACAGAGCAGCUGAGUCCGACACCAACAGCACAGAGAAAGCAAAGGCAACGAGGAGGAGAGAAAAGCCCGUCAGAAAGAGGAAGCUGAGAAACAGAGACAGUGAGUGAGAGAGAGGUAUAAAGAGAGAGAGAGAGAGAGAGAGAGAGAGAGAGGGAGGGAACGAGAGUGUGUGAGAGAAAAAGAGAAGAGAGAUAGAUAGACAGAGAGAGAGAGAGUGAGAGAGCAGGAUCUCCCAGCUUGAUGCGCAAAACGUCCCGUUACCACAUGCUGUGCUCCAUGGCGAACACGGGCUGCGUGCUGCUCUCCGGCUCUGGGCUCUUACCUCACUCACUCCAGUGUCCACCUGCGUUCCUCUAUCUGACCGAGGGUAACCAGGAGGCACCAGCCCCUCCAGAGGCCAUGGCUCAGCCGUAUGCCCCGGCGCAAUAUCCUCCUCCACCACCUCAGAACGGGCUGCCCGGGGAGUAUGCCCACCCCGGUCAGGAGUACACAGGGCCGAACCCGGUGCCCGAGCAUGCGGCUGCCCUCACCAUCUAUACAACCACACAGACACACAGUGAUCCAACUGGUACUGAGAACAGCACGUCUUCACUCACAGCGCCCAGCAACGUACCACAGGCAGAUGAGGUGGCACAGACAGAGGUCUCCCAGCAGCUCCAGCUCCAGCCCUCAGACUCUUCGGAGAAGCAGCAGCCCAAGCGGUUACACGUCUCCAACAUUCCAUUCCGUUUCCGUGACCCGGACCUGCGACAAAUGUUUGGGCAAUUUGGGAAAAUUUUAGAUGUGGAAAUUAUUUUUAACGAGCGGGGCUCUAAGGGCUUUGGUUUUGUAACUUUUGAAACAAGUGCAGAUGCAGACCGUGCAAGGGAGAAACUAAAUGGUACAAUCGUAGAGGGACGGAAAAUUGAGGUAAAUAAUGCAACAGCACGAGUAAUGACAAACAAAAAAGUGGCUAACCCCUACACAAACGGCUGGAAGCUGAAUCCAGUGGUGGGAGCUGUCUAUGGUCCUGAAUUUUAUGCAGUUACUGGCUUCCCAUACCCAACUACAGGGGCAACAGUGGCAUAUAGAGGUGCCCACUUGAGGGGCCGGGGUCGUGCAGUCUACAACACGUUCCGUGCCGCACCUCCACCUCCUCCCAUCCCUGCUUACGGAGCUGUGGUUUACCAAGAUGGCUUCUAUGGUGCUGAGAUCUAUGGUGGCUAUGCUGCAUAUAGGUAUGCCCAACCAGCCGCAGCAGCUGCAGCAGCUUACAGCGACAGCUAUGGCAGAGUCUAUGCAACAGCAGACCCUUAUCACCACACGAUUGGACCUGCAGCCACAUACAGUGUGGGCACUAUGUAAAUAAAAGAGAAAAAGAGGGAUCAUAGAAGAGACGGACAUCAGCUAUAUAUUGGACGACAAGAAGGAUUAAGGAGGUGAUACAAAACAAAACACAUAAAAAUACACAAACACAUAAAAAGAAGGAUCCCUUCCACCAAGGCUGUGAGCUGAAGGCAUCAUAUCGUAAUGGAGACAUGAAUGACAGCCAAGCUGUGAAGCGGAGGAAGAAGUAGCCUUCACCUGGGACAGCCUGGAUGGGUGGAGGACGAGACAAGAGCUCAU